UGUUUGUUUUUGAAUCAGUAUUUUCUGUUAAGGACAUUUUUUUCUGGAGACAAGGUGUCUGUGGUCAUGUCUACCUCCGUGUCAAAAGCAGAAAUGGUGAGACUCUUGGUGAAAGAGAGACUGGAUGCAGCCGCUGAAGACAUAUUCAGGCUGUUUGCAACAAAAAUAGCAGAUAAGAAGGAGGAACUUACUCGUUUAAAAGGAAAGGAGAGACAGGACAAACUACUGGAAGUUCAUCUCCACAGAUCAGGUCACUAUAAUAACCGCGGUCUGGACCAGGAUGACCCAGAGAGGCGACACAUUAAAGAGGAAGAGGAGGAACUCUGCAUCAGUCAGGACGCAGAGCAGCUUCAAGCGCCGGAGGAGGCCGAUUUCUCAAAGAGGGAAGAUGACGAAGAGAAACCUCCGUCGUCACAGCUCCGUCCGAGCCAAGCUGACGAGAGCAGAGAGGCCGAGCCUCAACAGAUGGAAACAGAAGCUGAUGGAGAGGACUGUGGAGGAUCAGAAGCAGACGCACACAGUCAUCUAUCAUCAUCACCACCUAUCACAAGACAGAAACCGUUUGGUUGUAAUGUUUGUGAGAAAAGAUUUAGUCAGAAGGGCCAUCUGCAGACGCACAUGAGAGUUCACACAGGAGAGAAACCUUUUGGUUGCAGUGUUUGUGAGAAAAGAUUUAGCCAGAGCAGCGAUCUGCAGAAGCACAUGCGAGUUCACACAGGAGAGAAACCACAUGUGAAGAAAGUAGUUUCCUACAGUUCAUAGUUAAAGAAGCACUGCGGAUGUUUGAAUCAUUUAAAAUUGUUGAAGAAAUGGAUGAGGAAAAUGAAAUUGAAUAUACAAACACAAAAUAAAUACUUUGAGCCUGUGA